AUACAUUUGUGACAGUGAAGGUAGGUACCAAAAAAACCUUGUGAUCUUCAGUUUAUUCCCAAAAAUGAUUUCAAUGCAACCGAUCCCAUCUUCCUCUCCUAUGCGUUUCCUCUUUUACGUUAUUCUUGUUAUAUUUCUAACUUCCACGUCCAUCUCAUCUUCCUAUGACGGUGGAAAUGAGACCGAUCAUCACGCUUUGCUCAAGAUCAAGUCAAUGAUCACUCGAGAUCCAUAUGGAGCUUUAACUUCAUGGAACACCUCCCUUCAUUUUUGUGAUUGGUAUGGUGUUAAAUGUGGGAAGCGACAUAGAAGGGUGACUUUUGUAGCACUACAGUCGCUGGGUCUAGAAGGCUCUUUGUCUCCUCAUGUAGGGAACCUCAGCUUCCUCCGUGUGUUUUCUCUCGCUAACAAUAGCUUUCAAGGAGCCAUCCCUCAUGAAAUCGGUAAUCUAAAUAGGCUGACUAUUCUUUAUCUUGGUGCAAACACAUUCAACGGAGUCAUUCCAACUAAUUUGUCUGGUUGUUUAAACCUUCAAAAGCUUGAUCUAUCUAGAAACAAGCUAGUUGGAAGCAUACCCAAAGAGAUCAGCUUCCUCUCCAAACUUUCUUUUCUUUCACUUGGUCUUAAUAAGUUAACAGGUGGAAUCCCGCCUUUCUUGGGGAACAUUACGUCGAUGGAAACGUUCAGUGUUGUUAGAAAUCCGGUGGGUGGGAUCAUUCCAGACACCUUAGGUAAUUGGAAAAAAUUAGUAGGAUUUCACUCUGGUGGUUGUAAUCUAUCUGGGUCCAUCCCUCAUUCCAUUUAUAACCUUUCACUUCUAGCUAACUUUAUCUUGUUUGAGAAUCAACUAACUGGUAGUCUUCCUCGAGGUAUAGGUGCAAUGUUCUCUCAUCUUGAAAUCCUAGAAUUAAAUUAUAACCAGUUGACGGGACCACUUCCAUCAUGGAUAUCUAAUUGCUCGAAACUAAGAGGCCUUGAUAUGACAGAUAACAUGUUUAGUGGGAAGUUGACGAUCGACUUUUCAAAACUAGGAGAUAUUGAGGGGAUAUACUUAAGUUUCAACAACUUUGGAAGUAGUGAAGCUGAUGAAAUGAAUUUUAUUGAUUCUUUGAAGAACUGCACCAAGUUAGAUGAUUUGGAUCUAGUUUUUUGCAAGUUUCAAGGAGUGCUCCCUAGAUCAAUUGGUAACCUUUCUGAUCAACUCCGGUAUCUGGCUCUGUACGGAAAUAAUUUACAUGGAAACCUCCCCACGUCAAUUGGUAAUCUAGUUGGCUUGGCUGGUUUACUUUUAGGUUAUUAACCAAUUCACAGGAAGCAUCCCUUCAACCAUUGGUAAGCUUCAAAAGCUACAAUAUUUUGAUUUAACUGAAAACCAACUUUCAGGGCAACUUCCUGAUGCCUUAGGGAACUUGUCAUCUUUACUCGAACUUUAUUUGUUUUCAAACAAGUUAGAAGGGGUAAUUCCUUCAAGCAUAGGAAACUGCCGUCAUCUAAUAGCGUUGCAACUUGAUGACAAUAAAUUUACCGGGAAAAUACCUCAACCUAUCUUACAACUUUCAUCUUUAUCUAUGAUACUCAAUCUUUCUCAAAACAACCUGUUUGGUUCACUUCCAACCGAGGUUGGAGACCUCAAGAUGUUGACUGCUUUGGAUUUAUCUUAUAAUAAUUUAUCAGGUAACAUUCCUAGUAGCCUUGGUAGUUGUGGCAGCCUUACCAGUUUGUCCCUCAAAGGCAACUUGUUUCAAGGCAUGAUACCGCCAUCAUUAAGUUCCUUAAAAGGAUUGGUGGAACUCGAUAUUUCUCAUAACAAUUUAUCGCGCCAAAUUCCUCGAUUCUUGGAACGGUUCUUGUUAGAAUAUUUGAACCUAUCAUAUAAUGAUUUUGAGGGUGAAGUACCACAGCUAGGAGUGUUCGCUAAUGCAAGUGCAUUCUCCAUUUUGGGGAAUAGCAGGCUUUGUGGUGGCGUUGUUGAACUUGGGUUACCCAAAUGUAAGGAGACAAAGAAACAUAAAGAAAAAUUUCCUGUGUUUGUAAUAAUCAUUUUGAUUGCAUCCUCACUUUUCACCAUAAUAUGCUUAGCAUAUGCUUGGUGUAAGAAGAAAAGCAAGAGCCGGCCGUCUCAAUCUUCAAUGAGAGAUCGAUUCUUGAAAAUUUCAUAUGCUCAACUUCUCAAGGCUACCAAUGGCUUCUCCGAAACCAAUUUGAUUGGAAAUGGUGGGUUGAGUUCCGUUUAUAAAGGAGCCCUUAAUGAAGAUGAUGAUACACUUGUCGCAGUGAAAGUUCUACGUCUUCAAAAUCGAGGGGCUGAAAGAAGCUUUAUGAGGGAGUGUGAAGCAUGGCGAAACAUUCGACACCGUAAUCUGUUAAGGAUAGUAACUUCAUGUUCAAGCAUUGACUUUCAAGGAAAUGAUUUCAAAGCUUUGGUAUACGAGUUUAUGCCUAAAGGGAGUUUACACGAUUGGCUUUAUACAAGUGAAGGUACAUCCAGGUUAAACUAUAUUCAGAUAACAAAUAUUCUUGCCGAUGUCGCGUCUGCACUUGAUUAUCUUCAUAAUCACUGUGUACCAAUCGUUGUUCACGGUGACUUGAAGCCUAGCAACAUUCUACUCGACGAUGAAAUGGUGGCUCAUGUCGGAGACUUUGGUUUAGCUCGCUUUCUUGGAACAACUUCUUACCAAAACAGCUCCACCGGCAUUAGAGGAACAAUUGGUUACACUGCUCCAGAAUAUGGACUCGGGAGUGAUAUGACAACUAAUGGAGAUGUCUAUAGUUUUGGAAUGCUAUUACUAGAGGUGAUGACCGGAAAAAAGCCAACUGAUGACAUAUUUAAUGAAGGGCAUAGCCUUCAUAAAUUUGCUUCCAUGGCUUUGCCUGACCGUGUAAUGGAUGUUAUUGAUCUCAACAUUCUAAACAUUUAUCAAGGAGCGUGUGAAGCAGAUGCACAGAAAAUAGAAGAAUGUUUGGCUUCAACAAUCAAAAUUGGAGUAUCAUGCUCUGUGGAUCCCCCAGCACUAAGGAUGAAUAUGGAAAAGGUUGUACAUGAAUUACGUCGUAUCCAGAAUACACUUCCAAAUAUUGAGAUAUAACACCAAGCUUGCAUUUGGGAUUUCAAAUAAACUACACCUAGGAUAUGGUGUAUGUCAUCAUUGAAUCAUUGUUAGUUUGCCAUACAUAUAUAAUUGUUAUUUUGCUUAAUAUCUUGUUGACACAAGUAUACGAGUUUGUGCUUAAUUAUUUACAAAGGAUAUAUAUUAUAUUGUC